AUGCCGAUUACCCUCAAGAGGACAGUGUCUAUACCCAGCUUCUGCAACUCAAGCGACACAGAGCCUAUGGAAACCCCGCCGAGGAAAAGGACUCGUCUCAGUCAUGAUCACAGCCCUGGCUCGACGUCGAGCUCUAUGACGCUCAGGACCAGCUCUUCAGCGAGUCCAACGAGCAGAAGUCGUCGAAAGCCUGCCCGAGAGUCUGAUUUUGAGCUCAGAGAUAUAUUGAGACGAUGUGCUGCUACCCCCGCGUCUCAUGCGGCUAUCAAAGAUCUGAAAUCCUUUCCGAAAGGUGAAAGUGCCGCCCUUUAUGCGGUUCAACGAUUAGUUCAGGCCGUCAAGGCCGAUGUCAAGUCGCGUGUCGAUCGACGCGAAGGAAAGCUCCUGGAAACGGAGUUGUAUUUGGAAUGGCUAAGGGAGUUCAAGUUUGUGAUCACUGGAAUUGAGAACUCGCUUACUGCCAAGAUGCCAGGGACCCGGAAACGCGUCACAGGCCUGGGGCGCAUCUCGUUCACGAUUCUCUACCACCUCAUCGACGAAUUUAUAUCCGAAGUAGAGUCCCAUCACGACGGCUGGUCAUACCGUUCAUCCAGCCGAGAGCCGUCAAUAUAUCCUGCUACUAUGACGAUCAUAGAAGAAUCCCAUGAGCCAACCGCCGAUGCUCGGUGUCGUGAAGCCGUGCACCUCGCAGAGGAGCUCUUGAGGAGGUACGACGAAGUCAUGGUGGAUGCAGUGCGAAGAUACAGAGUGGAAUGUGGGAGGAACAAUUGCAACCUUGCAAGCGCAAUUGGUACGAAGGAACACAAUCUUGCGAGAGCGUGUUGUCUGUUGUGCGAGCAGACGGGGUAUGGCGGUGACGAGGAUGAUAUGGGCGAUACCCUGCUUCGGGAUUCCAGGAAUCUAAUGAGGGAGUGGAAGAAAGAGUUCGAGGAUGAGCUGGCUGACGACUCCGAAUGUGGUAGCUCUCCCUGA